UCCUGAUCUCAUGGUGGCCAUGACCUCAGCUCCAGCUACUAUUUGAGCAGCACGGAACGUUGUUUUCCUUGGCUACUCUUCUAUGCCAAAAAUUAGAUAAUAGCUGAAGAUUUUCAAAACAUUCYGAGAAGUUUUAAAGUUCAAGCGUUCAACCAGAUCAGCGGUUUGUCUGUUCAUUGUCCAAAAUGGAGUCCAGCGAUAUGAAAGGAGCGUUUCGUUUUGCAAUUGACAGAGGAGGGACUUUCACUGACGUUUAUGCUGAAUGCCCAAAUGGAAAAGUUAGAGUUAUGAAGUUGCUUUCCGAGGAUCCCGAUAAUUAUCCAGACGCWCCUCGAGAGGGAAUAAGGCGAAUAUUGGAAGAGGAAACUGGCAUCAAAUUUCCAGCCAACGAGCUGAUUGAUCCAACAUACAUAGAUUUUAUUCGCAUGGGRACAACUGUGGCAACAAAUGCACUAUUGGAGCGCAAAGGAGAGAGGAUGGCUCUUGCGGUCACCAAAGGAUUCAAGGAUUUACUCCAUAUUGGCAAUCAAACAAGACCUAAGAUAUUUGACCUCAAAGUGUUAUGUCCAGAAGUGUUAUAUGAAGAAAUUAUUGAAGUUAAUGAAAGGGUAAUUCCAGUACAAGAAGAUUCCAUGAUACCUGGAAACCGUGAAGUUGUUCAAGGUGCCUCAGGUGAAAAGUUUGAGUUAUGGGAAAGUUUUGACAAAGAUGCACUUAAAAAAGAUCUGAAGAAAGUGCUCAAGAAAGGAAUAAAGAGCUUGGCAGUUGUGUUGAUGCAUUCCUAUAUCUAUGAUAAACAUGAGAGAGAAGUUGGAGAGAUUGCAAGAGGACUUGGUUUUGAACAGGUCUCCCUGUCAUCUGUUGUUAUGCCRAUGAUGAGAAUUGUACCAAGAGGAUACACAGCAUGUGCAGAUGCAUAUCUCACGCCGUGCAUCAAGCGAUAUGUUUCUGGUUUUGCUUCUGGUUUUAAGGAUGGACUCAAGAAUCUAAAUGUUUUAUUUAUGCAAUCUGAUGGCGGUCUGACUCCUGUUGCAAGAUUCUGUGGUUCAAAAGCUAUCCUUUCUGGACCUGCAGGAGGAGUGGUUGGAUAUGCUGUAACCACAUAUGGCCGAGAAACAAACAAACCAGURAUAGGUUUUGAUAUGGGAGGUACAUCGACUGAUGUCUCUAGAUAUGCUGGCCACUAUGAACAUGUGUUUGAAACUACAACAGCAGGGAUAACUAUUCAGGCUCCUCAGCUUGACAUCAACACUGUCGCAGCAGGUGGAGGCUCCAUGCUUCAAAAUGCCGAAGAUGCUGUUCGUGAGAUGCUGAAAGUCAUGGGAAGAAAGUUCCAAGAAGAGACUGGAAAAACUAGUUUCUCAGCUGAAGAAUUCCUUGAUGAUGGAACACGAAUCAAGCUGACUGUCUCUAUUGAUGUGGACACGGGCAACGCGGUAUUUGACUUCGAAGGGACUGGGCCUGAGAUCUACGGGAACUUAAAUGCACCUCGUGCCAUCACGCAUUCUGCUAUCAUCUAUUGCCUCAGGUGUAUGGUGGAUCAGAAUAUCCCACUGAACCAAGGAUGCCUUUAUCCAGUCACUAUCAAAAUCCCUGAUCCCUGUGUCCUGUCGCCGUCUGUAGACGCGGCCGUUGUUGGUGGCAACGUGUUGACAUGUCAGCGAGUGGUUGACGUCAUACUUAAGGCUUUUAAGGUCUGCGCAGCUUCUCAGGGCUGUAUGAAUAUCACAGCAUUUGGUGAUGAUGCGGCUUACCAGUACAUAGAAACCCUGGCCGGGGGAUCUGGUGCGGGCUGUAUGAACAACGUGCUCUUUGGCGAUACUACUUUCGGCUAUUAUGAAACCAUAUCGGGCGGAGCAGGAGCGGGGCCAACUUGGAACGGUCGAAGUGGGGUACAUGUUCACAUGACAAACACGCGCAUUACGGACCCCGAGGUCCUGGAAAGCAGAUAUUUUCCAAAUAUCUUUGGGCCCAAUGAGGACCAACCUCUGGACAAAGAAGGAGCAUUGGAAGCCUUUACGAAGUUUACUCAAGAGGUAAAUGAUUAUAUUGCAAGCCAGCCUGAUGGAAAAGACAAAAAGCCCUACACUGUUAUGGACUUGGCUCUGGGAUUUGUGCAAGUUGCAAACGAAAGCAUGUGUCGACCUAUCAGAAAUCUCACAGAGGCACAAGGUCACGAUACAUCCAAGCAUGUACUUGCUUGCUUUGGUGGUGCAGGUGGACAACAUGCAUGUGCUAUGGCACGCUCCUUGGGAAUGUCGACAGUAUUUGUACACAGAUAUGCUGGUAUMUUGUCUGCAUAUGGUAUUGCGCUUGCUGACAUUGUUCAUGAGGCACAAGAACCUUGCACCCAUCCAUAUGAACCAGAAUCAUUUCAGUAUUUGGAUGAAAGAAUUGACAUGCUGAAAGAGAGAUGUAGAGAGGAACUAAUAAGAGAAGGACUUAGCAAAGACUGCAUCUCCACUGAAGUGUUCCUGAACUUGCGCUAUGACAGAACAGACUGUGCACUGAUGUGUAAUGCCAUCGAAGACAAAUCCAAGAAUUCAUGUCGUCAUGGAAAUUUUGAGAAAUCAUUUCUUGAAAGAUAUCAACGUGAGUUUGGUUUUGACAUUCCUGGACGUAAGAUUUAUGUCGAUGAUAUUCGAGUCAGAGGUGUUGGUAAAUCAUCUGUCAAUAUUAGAGGACCAGAUAACAAUCCUAGUGGACCGCCUAACCCAAAAAAGGUUACUCAGUGUUAUUUUGAAGAUGGUUUAGAGGAUACAUCAGUGUAUUUUCUUGAAGAGAUUGCAAGUGGUUACGAUAUACAAGGACCUGCAAUUAUCAUUGAUAAAACAAGCACCAUUUUAGUUGAGCCUCACUGCACAGCAUGUGUUACCAAGGAGGGAGAUGUUCGAAUUGAGAUAGGAUUACACAAGCAUAAAUCAAAUAUAGGAACAGAGCUGGACAGAAUCCAGUUGGCAAUAUUUUCGCAUCGCUUUAUGAGCACAGCGGAGCAGAUGGGAAGAGUAUUACAAAGAACAUCUAUUUCCACCAAUAUCAAGGAAAGAUUAGACUUUUCAUGUGCCAUGUUUGGGCCUGAUGGGGGCCUGGUAGCUAAUGCACCUCAUAUUCCAGUCCACCUYGGUUCUAUGCAAGAAACGGUCCAAUAUCAAAUAAGAAACCUUGGUAAUGACAUUAAAGAAGGUGAUGUUAUCCUUACUAAUCAUCCAGUAGCUGGAGGGACGCAUCUGCCAGACUUGACAGUUAUUACACCAGUGUUUUACAAAGGUGAACCAAAGCCUGUGUUUUACGUGGCAAGCCGUGGACACCAUGCAGACAUUGGAGGGUUAGCACCAGGUAUAUAUAUUAAUACUACCAAGAAUAGCUCUGCAAUUGAGGAAAAUGACCCUUUGAACAGCUAUCAGGAACACAUCAAGCACAUACAACUAUUACAUGCAAGAUUUUCACAGUAG